CUCUCUCUCUCUCUCUCUCUCUCUCUCUCUCUCUCUCUCUCUCUCUCUCUGUGUUUUCACAACCCACUUCUGAUCGAGCUCAAACUCUUUUCUUUACCGAACAAAAAUGGCUUUCUGGGGUGAGUUAAUUUACCUUUAAAAUGUAAAAUUGAUUGGAGAAAAUUCGAUAUGCGAUAUCUUAAAUCACCCGAAGCCUCCGAUCCGAUCAAUCCUCUCUGAAAUUUCAGAUUGUUAUAUAUCUCAUUCGGUUUCGACCCAUUUCGAGUUUUUGUUGAUUCAUAGCUCAUAAUCGAAAAAGCUAGUGCCUUUUGCUCAUAAAGAUAGGAUUUUUAUUGAACUGAUCGCGGACCCAAUUGAAAAUACAGAAAUGGGGGAGAGGAAAAGGCAUAGAAUUUUGAUGGUUUCUGAUUUUUUCUACCCCAACUUUGGUGGUGUGGAGAAUCACAUAUACUAUCUUUCACAAUGCCUUCUCAAGCUUGGUCACAAGGUGGUGGUAAUGACUCAUGCAUACCAGAAUCGUUCUGGAGUGAGAUAUAUGACUGGCGGCCUGAAAGUGUAUUAUGUACCAUGGCGGCCGUUUCUUAUGCAGAAUACGUUUCCAACAUUUUACGGCACUCUUCCAAUUGUGAGGACUAUCCUUAUUCGAGAGAAUAUAUCGUUGGUACAUGGGCAUCAAGCCUUCUCCACUCUCUGCCAUGAGGCUUUGAUGCACGCACGCACAAUGGGUUAUAAGGUUGUGUUUACAGAUCAUUCACUCUAUGGUUUCGCUGAUGCGGGAAGCAUACACAUGAACAAGGUCCUGCAGUUUACUUUAGCGGAAGUGAGUCAGGCCAUUUGUGUUUCUCAUACAAGCAAGGAGAACACUGUGCUACGGUCAGGUUUGCCACCAGAAAAGGUGUUUGUAAUACCUAAUGCUGUUGACACAGCUAUGUUCAAGCCUGCACCAACACGACUGAGUCGUCAUGAGAUUGUUAUUGUUGUUAUAAGUAGGUUGGUUUACCGGAAAGGUGCAGAUCUGCUUGUUGAAGUGAUUCCAGAAGUAUGCCGUUUAUAUCCCAAUGUUCGUUUCAUUGUUGGAGGAGAUGGACCUAAACGAGUGCGGUUGGAAGAGAUGAGGGAAAAACAUUCUCUACAAGAUCGAGUCGAAAUGCUAGGUGCUGUUCAACACUCUCAAGUACGAUCUGUUCUUAUUACUGGCCAUAUAUUCUUAAACAGUUCAUUAACAGAAGCUUUUUGCAUAGCCAUCUUAGAGGCUGCUAGUUGUGGGUUAUUAACAGUCAGCACACGAGUAGGAGGUGUCCCAGAGGUUCUACCAGAUGACAUGGUUGUACUUGCAAAACCAGAUCCUAGUGACAUGGUUCAAGCAAUAGAAAAGGCAAUAUCAAUACUUCCCAACAUUGACCCAGAAGAAAUGCACAAUCGUAUGAAGGAACUUUACAAUUGGCAUGAUGUCGCAAAACGAACAGAGAUUGUUUAUGAUCGUGCUUUGAAAUGCUCCAAGCAAAGUCUCUUAAAACGAUUGUCACGAUACCUCUCAUGUGGAGCUUGGGCAGGAAAGCUUUUUUGCUUGGUUAUGAUCAUUGAUUUUAUAUUUUGGCAUCUGUUGCAACGAUGGCAGCCUGCAAAGGAUAUUGAAGAGGUGCCUGAUUUUGUUUUAUCCCAUGAUCAAGAUGAUGGCAUUCCACUAGACAAGAAGAAUCAAAACUUUCGAUGACUGCAGUUUAAGUUCAAAGUGCCUCAUGUUAUGGGAUUAUGGAUUGACCUUUUAUUUUAUUUUAUUUUUUAUAAGAUAAUCCAACUAGUGUCAAACCAGCAGCAUUUGUUCCACCCUGAAAGUAAAGAUCAAGAUGGGGGUCAAUGCUAUGCUAGGAAGAGAAAAAUUUUCUCUUAUAGAACCUAGGAACCACUUAAUAUUGUACAAAGCUAGAUCAAUGGUAAAUUAUCCACAUGAUUUUUCGGUCAUUGGCUU